UACAUGCUAUAAUUCCCUUGCCCCUAAGCACAACACUCUGGUUUCUCCUCCCCAAGACCACCCCACUGAAUUUAUUUUUCUUAAGCCAAAAAAUUCUCACUCGCUUCCCAAAGCUACCUUUUCAAGAGUUAGCAAGCAUUUAGCUUGCCUUUACUGCCCCCCACCCCUUACUGUGAUGGCUGGGAGUGGUGGGGUUUAAGAAUAUCAUGGAAAAGGUGGGCUUUGAGGAAGGAUCUGAGAGAAGAUGGAGGCUGGACUUCUGUAACUGUUGCAAUUUUUUUUCUGUCCCAUACAGGCUCCCGAGCCCAGAACCCACAGAGCAUUCAGUGACCAAACACAACAGAGAAUCCCCUCUAUCAACAUAAAGAAAAUUCCCCCUGCUUUCUGAUGAAGACACCUUUCCAUCUGGGAGCUGGCAGAGAAGCAAAAAAGCCAACUUCAAUUAGGAACAAGAGGAGCAGUUUCUACAGGCAAGGCAAGGCAUCAGUUCUCUCCCUUUACUACUGUUCUGUGCCACUGGUCUGUGGGGAAAAAAAGUCUCCCAACUGUUGGUAGGUUGAUGGUUUGAACCAGGUACAUCAGAGUCUAAAGCUGGGACCCUGCACCUAAUAAACUUCUGAGGACUGUGUUCAGUCACUUGUCUUCAGGCACAGAAGAGAUGCACAAGACCAGCACCUGUAACUGGCAGGCAGUAUGUGACCUAUUUGGGUUGGCCAGGCCAGUUAUAAAUACUAGCAGCAAUCUGAUUGUCUGAGUUGACCUGACUAGUAGAGCAGAACUUCCUGGCUGCUGAACUCAAGGCCUCAGAUACAGUCUGCAUGGACCCCAGGCUGGACAACACCUAACCCAGUUCUCAAAGCUGUAAAGUAGUAAACUUAUGAACACUAGAGCAAGAGGCAAAAUCAGAGAAAGCCGUAGCCUCUGUCCCAUGGUUGUCUGGCCCUCUAGGGCAACUGGUUAGCCGCUGUGUGAAAGGGAAUGUUGGAUCAGAUGGACCGCUGGUCUGAUCCAGUAGGCUUCUUCUGAAGGGUUACGUUGCAGCCUGGCCCUGAAGUUAGAAAUGGAGUAGGAGAGAAAGACCAUGCGGAUGGGGUGCGAUGCACCUUUCUAUAAGCCAAAUAGGCCAUAACCAACAUUCUUCUGAGCAUGGAUAGGGUUCUGGGCUGGCUUUCCCCAAUGUUUAUGCUUUCUUGUGCACCAUGACCUUCAUAUUUGUUCUCCUCCCUCCCUCCCAAAGGACCAUGGAGCUGCUGCCCCCCAGCAUCCCACAUACCUGCAUGGCAGCAGUAGUCAUCAUCUGCACCAUGGGAGCCAUGGACGUCUACCUGGUGGAGCAAAGUGCUGGGGCCCGCCGGCUGGGCGUGUGCACGCUUGCAGUGGCUGGGGACCUUUUCUUUCUCCUGGUGCUGCGCUAUGCGAUGGUGUGGCUGGGUGGCGAGGCGCGCCUGGCCCAGCGGGGGUAUGCCAUGGUGCUGUGGUUUCUCUUUGCUUUUGCCCUGGAGAUCAAGCUUUACUUCAUUUACCAGCAUUAUGCAACAGAAGGACAGGCUCCUGAUCCACUGGCCCGGCACACUCUGACCCUCCUGCUUUCCAUUUGCAUCCCUGCUCUCUACACAGUAUUGGGAGCUACCGAGCUGGUGGCCCAGGCCACUGCCAGUUUCCGCAAGAAAGAUGAACUUCGCGGGCGCCUCUUCUGGGUGGUGUUGGACCUGCUGGACGUCUUGGAGAUACAAGCCAGCCUGUGGGAGCCGCAGCAGCGAGUGCUGCCCUUGUGGGCUGAGGGCCUGACAUUCUUCUACUGCUACGGUCUCCUGUUGGUACUCCCAUGUGUGUCACUGAGUGAGCUGGGUGUGCAGGGCCCCCACUGUGGCACACUCUACCCUCUGCUGAGUCUGGCAAGUGUGAAUGUGGCCACCAUCUUCAUCCGUGGGGGGCUGCUCCUCCUCUGCCAUGACCAGCGUAUCUCCUCCAUCUUCAUGGGCAAAAACCUCCUGGCCAUUGCCUUGAAGAGCUGUGCUGUAUUACAGCACCACAGAGGCACCCAAGCCACAAAGGAAACAUGCCACAGAUGCCCCGCGUGCAACCAGUCCCUUGGACACACCCAGAUCCCAGAUGAGCAGCGACACAGACAAAUCCAAACUGCUGCAGAAAUACACUCUGGGCCGUCCACAGUCAACCACAGUCACGAAUAUACUCAAAGCAGAGCUGACCCACCCUGCAAACACGCUACAAGUGACCACCUACAUGAACAACCCGAGGCCCAGGCCAAAUCCAACCACAGAAAUGCCAUAAUCGAAAUCCCCCAAAGACAGGCCCAGGCCUCAGAGGAACAGACCCACAGAAAUGCUCCAACCACAGGUCACCAACUCCAUAGACACUGCUGCACCAAAGAAUCCAAUCACUACAGGCACACCAUUCAACACUCACCAGGAGACCCAACCACUACCCAUCCCUCCACUUCCAGAGCACUCAGAACUGGCUGUCGGGUGCAGCUCAAGUCUUUAUGGGAUGGUCCAUGACACACCUUCGUAUGGAUGGUGUUUGACAAAAAACACACCUGCAUCAAUUUGCACACCUUGAGAAUUCCUUGAGGGCAGAAUCACAGUUCAGAGACACAACUAUCAGCAUGACUUCUUACAGUCAGCCACCUAGAUUGGUGGGCACAGAAGUACCAUGCUCAGUACAAGUACAACGAUAAGUAUCCUGCUCACAGCACUGAACAUGUGCAUCUGAUUGGCCCACAAGAGUUCUGUCAUCACCUGUGUCUGGAGAGGAAGUGGCCUGAUGGCCAAUUAGGAUGCUCCAGCUGGUCCCAAUGAAGAAAAUCCAAAACUAACAGAUCAUCUCCACAUCGCUUAGAUCAGAUUCCCAGUGUUGUUAUUGCUGCUCUUUUCCCUCCAAGCUUCCAGAAACACCAGAAUUCGUUUUGUUACUCACCUUGUUUGAAGGGCUGCCCCUUCACAACCUUAAUCUCCACCAUGUGCUAAUGUACACUGCACAGCAGGUCUAGAAGAUGCAGUGCUAGUGCUCUGACAACAGUUGGGCAACAAAGAUAUUGUCCAUCUCUUUAAAAUGUUUAAUCCAUCUAAGAGGAAAUCACUCCCAUCUCCAUACCCCUUCCAAUACAACAGGAGCUCAAUAAAGCGACUAACCCAAGAACUUGCUACACUUACUCCAUUUUGCUUACAACUGGAUCAGGGUGUUUUUUUUUGAGUCAGUGAGACUUGGCUGCCAGUGUGUGAAGCAAUAAAGAAGAGUGCCUCUGCGCAUGUCAAUAGUGUCUUUUUCUUAAUAAUAAGCAAUCACAAUCAACUCCCAUGAACAUCUGAGACUAGAGGGAGAACCAGAUCAGAACAUAUUCCAUACAUGCUCAAAACCCAAUGCCGAAUGUUUCAAUCAUUCAUGGCUGGUUGUGUGCACUUUGAUCUAGAAGCACAGGAUUGCUCUGUAAA